ACCGUCUCUCUCUAUCUCUCUCUCUCUUUCUCUCUCUCGCCUUGGCUGGUUCUUCCUAGCCCAGCAACUGCGCAUCGCUCUUUGUUAUUGGGAGCGUCAGCUGUUUCUGUCUGUCGGGUAUUCAAUAUGGAAUAAACGAGGCAGGGACACGAAAAGUUACUGCCAACUGAAAGUAGGAAAAAAAGAGGCCUCGCCCGCGCGCUUUUUAGAAAAAAACAACCGCGUUUUGUCGUCGCAGAGAGUAGUGACGAGAAGUAAUAGCGUUGUGCGCGUUGCUGCUGUUGUGUGCGUGUGUAUUUGUUGUUCGUGCAAAGGCCCCUCCAUAGCCGUCGAACGUUCGAUUUUUCGGUUGUUUUUUUUUCUUCUGUUCGUUAGUGCGGGUCAAUCCCCGUAUUUAUAUGCAAAGCCUCGCUCUCAGCGUGGAUCUAUUGACGCAAGGCCUUAAGCGCAGCAUCGCCGGACUCAUGAACCUCGCAAAUCCAGCGAAUCAAGAUCCUCAGAGCCAAGUGUUCUUUGUCAACUUUAAUCAAGAUUGCUCAUCGCUGGCCGUUGGGUCAAGGACUGGCUACAAAAUCUUCUCGCUCAAUGCGAUUGAUCAUCUCGAAAUAAUCUUCGAAAACGAUAUUGAAGAUGUGUGCAUCAUUGAGAGGCUGUUCAAUAGCAGCCUCAUUGCCGCGGUCAGUGCAUCGUCACCCCGAAAGCUCAAGGUCUGUCACUUUAGAAAGGGCACUGAAAUCUGCAAUUACAGUUAUUCCAAUACCAUACUGGCUGUGAAACUUAAUCGAGCUAGAUUAGUAGUAUGUCUAGAGGAAUCACUGUAUAUUCAUAAUAUAAAGGAUAUGAAAGUGCUGCACACCAUACGUGAUACACCACCCAACUUGAAUGGGCUCUGUACACUGUCCAUAAACAGUGAAAACUGUUUUUUAGCUUAUCCAGGGUCUAACACCAUUGGUGAAGUUCAGAUAUUUGAUGCUGUCAAUCUUCAAGCCAAAAUAAUGAUUCCUGCUCAUGACAGUCCAUUAGCUGCUCUUACUUUCAAUCCUAGCGGUACCAGAGUUGCAACAGCAUCGGAAAGAGGCACUGUUAUUAGAGUCUUUAAUGUUCAAGAUGGAGCAAAGGUAUUUGAAUUCCGUAGAGGUGUCAAGCGUUGUGUAUCUAUUUGUAGCCUAGCAUUUAGUUCAGAUGGCAUGUUUUUGUGUUCCUCAAGCAACACAGAAACUGUUCACAUAUUCAGAUUGGAAGAUCCAAAAGAUACACCACAACAGGCACCAGAUGAGGCACAAACUUGGAUGGGAUAUCUAACAAAAGCAGUAUCUGCAUCAGCCAAUUAUCUACCUUCACAAGUAACCGAAGUGUUUAGUCAAGGACGCUCAUUCACAAGUGUUCAUUUACCUUUUCAAGGGCUCAAAAAUGUUUGUGCUGUCACAACAAUACAAAAAGUGUUAAGGUUACUGGUGGCCAGCGCGGAUGGCUACCUUUAUGUGUAUAAUCUAGACACGCAAGAUGGUGGCGAAUGCACCCUCUACAAGCAGCAUAGGCUGGAUGGUAAAGCAGACGAAGUAGAUUGUGCAACCGUAUCUACAGCAGCUGGUGGUUCAAGCUCCAGUGGAGCAGCUGGUGAUGGUUCAACACCUACGCCAACACAGAACACAGUCUGCAUAAAUAGCUACGCGGGUGCGUUGCGCGGCCGAUCGCCCGACACCAUGUCAGAAUCAGAGAAGUAUCACGAGAUGAUAUCAGCAACAGAGAGUCCACCAAAAGGUAGCGGUACCUUCCGACUGGAUGACGACACGGAGUUUCCACCGGUGACACUACGUACCGACUGAAUUUUUUAUUUAUAAAAUCUGCGAAGUCUUCAAACAAACAAAAAAAAACACACGAGUGUACAUAAAUAAAAACAAAAAAAGUGAAUAAACAAACAAAGCGCACGCUAGUCGUAUUUGCUUUUAUCUUAUCGUCGGCAUGUCUUAACUUUGUAAAUACAUUAUUACUUUUUCUCUAUCAAGGCGAAUGAUCGACUAUUAGCGGCUCUUUUUAUCUUCACUCUUUCUUCUAAUUUUAAUUGCUCCUCUCUUCUUCCCUUUUGUGACAACUAUAUUUUUCGUCGUUUUUUUUUACUCUUUUGGUAGUGUUAUUUUUAUAUGAUGACGAUUGUAAAUAUAUCUUUCGGGAAAACACAGAAAAAUAACAAGUGAUAAAACAUCAAUAUACAAAAAAAGAUUGUAUGUUAAAAAAAGUAACAUUGAUGUCAGAUUUCUUAUG